ACUGUCAAGUUUUGAUAAUUUGUUAGUUAAAUUUUCAAACAGUUUGACAUAUUUUAAUGUCAUUCAGAAAAUUGCCUUUUUAAGCUAAAAUCAAAAAAAGAAAAUGUAUGGGGGCUACAUAAGGUAUUUAUUUCCUCCUCGUUCAUAUACACUACCGAUAAUACGAGGAGAUCGAGUGGAUUUAUUUAAAAGAAUAGCUGGGGUUAAUCCUGAAGAGGAAGAUGAAAGCGAUGUUCAAAUGUCCGCGAUCCAAUUUAUAACCGCCUCCACAAUGUAUCAAAUCAACAUUUAUUAUCUAAUUAUUUUUAUAGAUAUUUUACUUGCUUCUGGUGGAGUAAACGUUUUCUUCUCAUUUUUACCUUUACACAUUUUCUUAUCGAUUCCUUUACUCGUCCUUUUCAUAUUUAUGAGUAGUUACUCCAAAAAGGGAUUUUUAUGUAUGUGGGAAUGCGUCCCAAUGUUUUCUGGAUUAGGAUACAGUUUAUUAUUAUGUCGUUUGACUUUCGCGCUAUUCCAAGUUUUUUUUACAUUCGUGCCAUGUUUACUUCUAAUCGAUUUAAUGACAUCUCCAACUUUCUCGUAUAAUUUUAGAAAUUGCCCCGGGGAUACAAACAAUGUUUGUUUCCCAAUGUAUCCUUUAUUCCCGAUUAAUCGAACUUGCAACACCCCUGUUUUAGAACGCUCCUUUAACGAAAGCAUUUACAUGGCGAGUCAAUAUUAUUAUAGAAUUCAUAUUUUGGGGUAUCACCGACAUGAUUCAGUACCGCAAAUAAAAUUGUUACACGUUUUCGUAUCUUUUUUUAUCUGGGCGUUUGUUUGUGUAAUUUCAAUGUUUGGGGUUAAACGGGUUGUUAAAGUUACGAUGAGUAUUCAAUUAGUUUUGAACGCGAUUGCGGUUUUUUCUGUGUCUUAUGGGAUGAUGUUGGGGAGUGAUACGCCGAUUCCUCAAGUUCAUGAAUACAAUCGAAUUAAAAACAUGGAUUUUUGGGUUGAAAUAUUUGUUGUUACGACGGAUAUCAUUGUUAUUACCGAUAUGAUAUAUAUGGGGACGUUAAAGCCGAAAAGUUUAACAUCUUCACAAGCUGGCAUAUUAAUUGGAUUUGGAAAAGGUUUCUUUCUUAUCGUAGUCAUGUUUUUUACAAAUCGAUGUGCUCAUUUGAUAUUGGGGCAUUAUCGAUUUUUGGACACAAGGUGUCUUAUUGCGUUUGGUCAUGACGUAAUGUUUUCUUUUGUACCAGAUGUGCUUUAUAGGGUUCGUUUUGGUUUAGUACUAACAAUCCUUUGGUAUUUAGGAAUUAUAGUCUCAAAUAUAAACGUUUUGGUUUUGACAAUCAUCGGAAUGGUUAGUGCUAUAACAGAAAAAUUUAAAACAUUGAGAAGAUUCCGAUUGCUGGUUUUUUGUGGAAUAUGUGGAGCGGGCUUUUUAGGGAGUAUUUAUUUUUGUACAAACCUUGGGAUGAACACCAUUUACAUUUAUCGCACAUACGGGGAUCUUUAUUUUACGACGGCUUUCAUGAUCGUGAUCAAUUUGGCUUUGAUGUUUGUGUAUUCGAUUAAUAGGAUCAUGGAGGAUUACACAUUUACUUACGGGAAUCCCCCGAAAAAAUUUUAUGUUACUUCUUGGCAAACGUUUCCUCUAUUGGCAAUUUUUGUGUUUUUAUUUGUGGUAAGUUAUGGACAAGAACCAAGUCAAGUUUAUAUGACUCAAGGAACUUUAUUAUGGAGUUAUAUCCACACUGCGAUUAUGCUUAUACCGAUUUUUGUGCAAAUUUUAACAAAAUGUUUUAAGCAUCUUAAAUAUAGAACUUUAAAAACGGUCACUAAACCAGGUAGUUCUUGGGGCCCUGGGGAUGCUUUGUUGCGCCACGCAAGGAAAUACUUUUAUCCUCAAAGAGAUAUUCGUUACAGGAAUACGCAAUUAGUUUGCCAGCACAGAUGCAUUUAUAAUUCCGAUAAAUAUUUUGAUGAACAUGUUAAACAAAUUACCAAAAUGCGCGAAAUAAUUCACAAAAUGGGCUUAGAAAUUCGAAGAGAUGUAUUGAUGGAUAUGUAUAAAUAAAAAAUAUCAAAUAUU